CGAGAAACUCCUCGUAACACAUCUCAGCACAACGCAACAAACCCAACACUAUCAUCGUUCACGCCAAGUAAACGAUUCCUCUCUUCUCCACCUCAACCUUUCUCUCUCUUCAUUCUCUUUAUUCUCUCUCUCUCUCUCCUUUUUCUCUGUGGCUUUCCAAUUCCAACACCACCUGCUUCCGGGUUGCAAAACUUGCCCCGGAUCAGGACCCUUCUCAUGCAACCACUGAUUCAAGUGUUUUUUGCCUCCCCCAGACAACAACUAUAGAUAGCUAAUAGACCUUUCGCUAGAUAAUCACGCAGACGUCAAAAGAAACGUUUUUUCUUGGUGGGUAUUGAUUCUUUUUGAGGUGGGGAGAAAAGAACCAUGGUGGGUAUAUUUUCGAGAUUCUCUGUUGGAAGGAAUGUCCACCGACGUACUCAAAGUGCUUUGGAUGAGAGGGAAGUGAUGCCCCCAAACUCUGAGGCUGUUGCUGCAGUGGCGAGUGCUGCAACUGCCACUUCUCAUGGAAUUGAAGUGGCUGUGGAGUUUAAGCCUGUUGAACAUCCGAUCGAACCUCUUGACAGUGAUAGGCCAAUUCAGUGCCCGUUGCCAGAGCCAUCUAUCCUUAAUGAUGGAAGAAUAUGGAAAGAAAGAGUUUCUGCAACUGUGCGAAGAAGAGGGGACCUGCCAGUAAUGAAGGAAGGAGGAACACUUGAAUCUGAAGAUGCUGGAAUCAAGCCCCGGACAUCCCGGUCGAAUCGAAUGAUCCUACCAUCUGUCAGUGCUCCGGAGCAUAAUCUCUUAAAACUUCUUGAAGAGUGUAAUGCUUCAGGCAUCUAAACUGGUAUUGAUUUUAAUGAUGUAUUUUGUUGAACGUGACACCCCUUCAUCUCUUUUUGCUGUUCUUUGCUAUUUCUAUAUGUUAUGCGGCACAAAUAUGGCUAUGUAUAUUCAAAUAUAUACUCAUAAAAAGUCAAGUGUGGCACAUUUUCGCUAUCUGCUUUAUAUGAAGACUCUGGUAAUAUGCUUCAAAUUUUUA